CUUUUGAGGUGUGUGUGUUUCCAUUGUAACCUGGGUCAACUGACCGCGGCUUGUGGAAGCCCUGAGUAGCUAUAUCUUUAAAGCCACUAAUGCAGCCAUAAAGUUCACAUAAUGGACCUUUAGCACGUCUCCCCACAUACGCACACACACACGCCCUGCUGACUGAUAACACACAUGUUGAGCAAAUAUGUGAAGUAAUAUGACUAGCCCCAAGAACAGACUCACAGAUUUCUAGGUUAAUGUCACAUGAAUGUUUCUGUGAGAAUAUACGGAUUAAACACUCCUGUCGGUUAACUUUUGGACACACAUAUUGGGUGCGUAGCCCACAUAGACAUUCAAAUUAAAAACGCAAAGGAUAGCAUUUGGAUGCACAAUUAAAAAGAAGACACACACAAUCUACUCACACACACUCACACACCUCACACACCUUUCCAGCUUGUUCAUCCUCAUCGUCAUCUGAGCAGAGCUGUCUAGCAGCAGGUCUCCACUGUGGUUCUACUCUGGUUGUUUUCUUUUACAAGGAUUCUACUGGGAUCCAACCAUGGGCGUCCAACAGAACAUUCCUGCACUAGAGAUCUUCCUGGGGAUGCUGGGCUUCGGUUUCACCAUCCUCUUCUGCACGGCGUUCUGCAGGGUGUGCCAACGUUUCCGCGACGACCAGCUGGAGCGGGAAGAGUGGUUGCGUAACCGCGAGGCGGACCGGCCCACCUCAGUGUUCGUCAUCCCGGUCCAGGGCGGCCACUCCGCACUGGGGAGGGAGGACUACCCCAUUAGAGGGCCACCGCGCUACAGCCAAGAGGUCCACAGACCGCCGCGCUACAGCACCACCACCGGCCCACCCCCGGCCUAUAACGAGCUGGGCUUCAAACUAGAGGACCUCCCCCCUGGUUACACAGAACACAGCCUGGUCCCCAGCUACCCCACGUCCCCCCCUCCAACCUCCCCCAGCAUGGGACCCAAUCAAACAGAGGUCUUCACACCCGCUCACGCGGUGCGGGAGUGAUGGCCUUGAUGAGACUCGGUACGGACCGGAGAGAUUGUAAUACACCUUAUGCCUGGAAGAUAAUUAUUUUAAAUAGAUGCUCUUUUCCUAGUUGUGAUGUUGGGCAGUACACUUUGACCAAACAAAUUAGAAGACACACAAAGCGAUGCCACGGUUGAAGAGCCACGGAGCCUCUCGGCAUCGUUGACACCAUGAAAGCAUUCAACCACACUCCUUGAAUUGUCCUUCUUCGUCUUAUCCUUGGGAAGGGCUCGGGGAGGUCUUUGAACCCCUUCUGGGCGAUACCAGUGAGGGGAAUGGAAACUAAUGGUAAUCUGAUCAACAGCGGUUACACAUGGGCACACAUAGGAACACUGUGUAGGAAUCUAGAUCAACACUAUGAGGCCCCACGUUCCACUUGUUAUUGUCUGCAGGGAGAUGGGUGGCAGCCAGCAGGUUUACAACACAACACAUGAAUACAGACAGCAACGUAAACCAGAACACAAUAGAAAUUAAUUCUGAAAGCGAUGGGACACAAAAUAGGUCCAGGUCGCUGUGCACUCUCACUCAGUCCAAUAUCCAGCCAACUGGAAUCCAGGUCAGGCUUUAAAAGACAAUGUGCAGACAUGGCUGGAGCUAGUGUUGAAUGCAGCGGAGAAGUCUGUAGGAGUCUGACUAUACAAUGUUUGUAGUUUAUGUUUGUAGUAAUGUAUGUGUUUUCUUAAUGGUAUUGACGUUAGCCAGAGCUCUUUCUCUGUCGUUGAUAUUUGUGAAACCAAUGGAAACCAAUCUUUCCAUCAGCGGUAUUACCUCCUUUACUGUUAUGACUCUAUUAGGCUGUUUGUUAAUUUGGUUCAAGUUGAACUCCGGAAUUGACAAAUACCAAUGGCAAUUCCAAGUUAAUGUUUGAUCACAGAUGGCUUGCGACACGCAUCUCUAGGUUAUAAAGUGGCACUAACUGCCCUUUGUUUCUCCUUGUGAUCCCUGCUGGGGAAAACGUUGACCCAUUGCAAAUGUACACAGGAUAUUCAAGGCUACAUUAUGAUUUAUAUUACUAAUUGUUUGUCUUGAGUUUCUUAAACGUGGGAAUGUUUGGUGUGUACAUCCUGGUUUCAAACUGAAAGAGUUCUUCAACUUUAUGGUCAUUUAUACAAGAGAAUCGCACAAUGUGAGGAGUGGUCCUAGAUGAGGUGUCUCCCACCCUAUCUCUCUGUGAGAGACAGCAAUCGCACUAUGAAAUGAUGUAUAGUUUUAUGAGUUUUAUAAAUUGUCAAAUUACUACUAUACUAUAGAAGUUGUACUAUGAAAGUCAUGAUUGUACCUUAACAGCUUUGUCCAUCCCUCUGUGUUCACGUGAUAACUUAUUCCCUUUGUAUGAUCUAUAAAAUGAUAUUCUAAAUAAUGUAAACGAUUUGGAAAAUGUAUUUCAUUCAUUAAAUGCGUUCAAAAACGAGAA